AAAGCUCGACUGGGAAAGGAACUCGACGAGAAGGUCAUGCAGCCGGAGGAAUCGGAGUCGGAGUGAUUGUCUACUGUUAUACCCGGACAUUGGAAUGGUGCUUGCGGCUAGUUCGUUAUUGUGGGGGAGUGGGCAUACUAGGCAGGGAGGGUCGGUUGGGCUUAGGGGUCUCAGUUGGCACGCUACGCCCGAUGCCUGUGCUGUGGUGCUUGUCGCAACCAGGAUCACCGGCCGCAAUGUCCACAUGGGAAGCAAGGAAUGGGAUAGCAGUGUUCGAUGUGAGGGUUGUACACGGCUGCACACCAGUUCACAGCAGCUGGCACUCUUGACUGUCGCCUGUAUUACGAUACUUGAAAGCCCCAGUCUCGCUUACAUCGAUCCCCAUUGGAGGCAGCUAUUUAUACCCGAAGCAUCUCGACGCCAUCGCCAUCGAAGCAUUGGUCUUUCCGGGGUUUUCUUCCACAGUCUGAUCACUCGAAGAAAGUUCAAAUGCGUGAAACAACGAAUCGGACAGGUCUCCACUGGCCCUGUUAGUUGAAUCUUUACCACCUGAUACCUGACGGAUAUGCAUUUACUGGUGGUUCCAACCAACGAACUUGAUUUCCGGGCGAUCACCAAUACCAUGAGCUUCAUGCGAACACAACCACAUUCAGCGUUGGCGGUCCAUAUCUUAGU